UGACUUCCAAUUGCAGCGCAGAUUGUGGUUGCUGUGAAUGCAACGGAUUGGAAGAAAUGGGCGUGGAGCAGAUUUCCCCCUCAAUGACUGUAUCUGAUGGUCCUCCUACCCCCAACACCGAAUACACCAGCCUCACAGCCACUGCUACCACCUACCCACCCCAAACCGAGGAUGAAAGGAGGAACACAUAUUGUAUAGCGAGAUAAGUGCAGACCAUUGGAUGGGCGUUUAUAUAGAGACCAAUAGUGAAGCGUGCAUCAGCGAGACGAAAUCUAUAUUUGCGAAUAUUAUGGAACAACAAUAUACACAUAGGCCUAUUGACGGAUCAUGAUUUAAUUCGCACCUUAAUUAAAGUAUUCUAUCUCGGACCAUGGACUGUUCUUUGUCACGGACCUCGGGACUAUUGAGGUGCUUCGUUGCAUGAUAUAGUAAUAUUUUCAUGAGUGCGCUGUUGUGGGUGGGAUUGUACUGCAAAAGAUUCAAAGCGUAGGCUAUAGGUUUAUGGAUUCGGGACUCACACGGCGAGGACCCAUGGAAGCUGCGACAAAUGUGGACAUGAUGCAGUAAACUUCGAGUAAAGGAUAGUUAUGAAUGGGCGAAUUAAAUUGUGUCGGUAUAUUGCAAUAAUAGAACAAUAAUGGAUGGUUUUUGUUACGUGCUAUAUUGCAUAGUGACUAAACUUGAGCUGUAAUGCAAAGCCUACAUGGGUUUUGAUAUCGGCGCUGACAAUAUAUUUAUGUGUGGCAACGUAAACAUUUGGAUUAUCUUUGAUUUAACAUAACGGUGAGAGUCGUUAACCAAAGACUGGUUAUCUCUACAUGGCUUGUCGUGAUUUGGCGCGGGGGAAUUCAAUAAACAUAAUGCCUUCUCUUCGUUUCGCGUAAUCUGAACAUUACGUUUUAAUCUUAAAAAUAGGAAAAGUAGUGUGCGUGCGUUUGGGCUUUGCGCUCCUCAGGAAUCCUGUGAUUUGUGUGAUUGGCCAAUAUCAAAAUGCCCACCUCACGCUCGGGCGCUAGCCCCGUGGAAUACUGGGUCGAUGGCUCGCGCCGAGAUGUCUCCAUGGAGGAGUUCUACACCAUAGGCCCUGAACUGGGAAGGGGGGCUACGUCAGUGGUAUUUCGCACUGAGGAGAAGCAGACACAGAAGCCCUAUGCUGCAAAGGUCCUCAAGAAGACUAUUGACAAGAAAAUAGUGCGGACUGAAAUUGGAGUUCUGCUGCGACUUUCCCACCCAAAUAUUAUCCGCCUGAAGGAGAUUUUUGAGACGGAGACCGACAUCGCCCUCAUCUUGGAGCUGGUUACCGGAGGGGAACUCUUUGACAGGAUUGUGGAGAGAGGGUACUACAGCGAGAGAGAUGCUGCCCACGUCAUCAAGCAGAUUCUGGAGGCAGUGGCGUAUUUACAUGAGAAUGGGGUGGUGCACCGUGACCUGAAACCAGAAAACCUUCUGUACGCUGACCUCUCCUUGGACGCCCCGCUUAAGAUAGCUGACUUUGGCCUCUCAAAGAUAAUAGAUGAGCAAGUGGCCAUGAAGACGGUGUGUGGCACGCCUGGAUACUGCGCUCCAGAGAUCCUCAGAGGCAAUGCCUAUGGUCCUGAAGUGGACAUGUGGUCUGUGGGAGUGAUCCUGUACAUCUUGCUGUGUGGGUUCGAACCAUUCUUCGAUCCGAGGGGAGACCAGUACAUGUACAGCCGCAUCCUCAACUGCGACUAUGAGUUUGUCUCCCCCUGGUGGGACGAGGUCUCCCUCAACGCUAAGGACUUGGUCAGUAAGCUGAUAGUGCAGGACCCCCACAAGAGGCUGACAGUGAAGGAGGCCCUGGAGCACCCCUGGGUACUGGGCAAGGCUGCCCGCUUCUCCCACAUGGACUCGACUCAGAGGAAGCUACAAGAGUUCAACGCCCGGCGCAAACUCAAGGCUAUCAUGAAGGCUGUGGUGGCCACCAGCCGUAUGCACGAGGGCUCCCGGCGGCGGACAGACAGCUGCGAUAUGCCCGGCUCCGACAAGACCACCUCCAGGCAGAGCAGCAUGCAGCAGGACCCUCCCCAAGACCAGGACCCUCCCCAGGACUCCCAGGAGGGCCAGGCCUGCCAGGGAACGGACACUGCCCAGACCCAGGAGGAGGACCAGUGCCCCCCGCCCCUCCCACCACAAUGCCCCAGACCCUCCACCACCACCCCUCCUCUACUGGCUGGAGCUCCUUCCCCCUCCUGCCCACCCACCAGGCCCCCGCUAAGGGGAGUUGAUGGACAGAGACAGAUGUCGGUCAUCCCUAAGACCGCAGUGGUACGGCCUAUGGUGCCCCAGAAGAGCUGCUCCUCGGUGGACUCCGCCACCACUAAGCGGGAGCCGUCCUUCCCGGUCCUGACCACUCCCCCGAGCCCCAAAAGCCUCGGCAACGGAUUCUCCACGGGGGUGGAGUCUGGCAGCAAAACAGCACAGUGUCAGUGAGUGAGUGGCAUGUACCAAACAGUAGGAGCUUCUCACCUAGGAGCUCCUACUGUUGUCCUAAGAUGGCCGACGCCAUUGUGAGAGUCAGGUGAGAUGGUAGAAGAUGACAACAUGGAGGAGGAAGGAUCAGAGGGAGAACCUUUGGUCAAAUCUCGUCAUAUCUGUAUCUGUUUAGAUUCAGGACAAACGACUACUAUACUUCCCUUGAUAUUUAUUGUUCCUCCUCUCUGUGCGUAACGAGUUCGGAUACUCAUAACGAAUUUGCAAAUGAACUUUUAACUUUGGUCUAAACUUUGUUGCCAAGUUGCUUUCAUUUCUCUUAAUUUCCAUUGCUUUUCAAGACAAGGCCUCUCUGAACGGGACAAGGCCUCUCUGAACUGUUUUACUUCAAAGGCCACAUAUUUUGUAUUCUCUGCACCUUUCUACAAUACAAUGUUGGAAUCUACGGACUUCAUAUGCAAAUAUGUGAAUGCAUACACAUAAUCCUCUCAUUCAGGUAGUAACGAUAUUGUAUUUGUGAGCUUAUGAAUGUAGUCAAGGUGUAUUGUAAUGUUUAUUUUGCUAUAAUUGUAAUGAUGUUCUAAUAUUUGCACUGUAUACAUUUGAUUAAUCUAUAUAGAUCGCAACAAAAAGCAAGCUAAUCUUUUACUAUUUCAGUCAAACUGCACAUUUAUUCCUUUGGAAAUGUAUAUGGCUGACCAGAGAAGCUUGUUUGUGGCUCAAACCAAUUUUCCCCUCAUUCAAUUAUUUUCCAAACAGUGGUUGUAAAACCUCAUUCUUGGGUAGUUACCCAUCUGCUGAAGGAACGCACAUCAUAUUCACCUUAUCUCUACAAUCUCACUGGAGCUACCACUCUACCUCUUCGUGUACAGGGGAUUCCAACCCAGUAAUGGCAAAACCUGUAAAGAAACUAUUGGACGAGGUGAGGUAUGAGGCGAAGCACAGCCUUUCUGCAACAAUCAUUGUCAGUGGCAGGUAAAUACCUGCGAGGCGAACCCUCGUUUUCAUUGGCUAAGGGCUUUUCUCAAUGGAAUUCAAAUAACUGAUCAAAUGAGUGUCAUUAAAAUACAGUCCAUUUCUAUUUCAAGGGCCAACCUUCACCUGCUAUCGUGUAUUCUCACUAACUCUGUCAUUGCCAAACAGUAAGCCUUGCAUUAUACUGCUGACAUGUUAACACAAGUAUAAACCAUUCAUUUACACCUAUGAAAUUAUGUAUAUAGUAUGGAUAUUUUACUUAUAAUAAUUAUUGCUUACAGAUGCUUUAUUUGGGGG